AACUUAAUACUACUACGCAACCUACGCCAGAGAAUAACGGUAGCUGUCCAGUCUCUUUACGAUGUCCCGGAUCCUGAACGGUAUCGUGGCGGUAUGUCCCGACCUGGGUAUCGGAAACAAGGGGAACCUGCCCUGGCACCCCGUAAGACUCAAUGACGAGUUCAAACAUUUCCGAAAGAUGACUGCGACGCCAUCUGUGAGCGGCAAGCAGAACGUGGUGAUCAUGGGCAGGAAAACAUGGUUUUCCAUCCCAGAAAAGAACAGACCUCUAAACAACAGAAUCAACAUUGUCCUCAGCAGGGAGUGCAAAGCCCCCCCCGCAGGAGCACACCACCUGGCGCGAGACUUUAGCUCGGCUCUCAGGCUGGUCGAUACGGAGCUGGCACAGCAGGCGGACCACGUCUGGGUCAUCGGGGGCAGCUCUCUCUACAAGGAGAUGAUGGAGAGUCCGGGGACCAGGAGACUGUUCGUCACACGAAUCCUGAAGCAGUUCGAGUGCGACACAUUCCUCCCGGAAAUCAGCCCAGACACAUACCGUCUACUGCCAGAGUUUCCAGGAGUGUCGGGGGAGCUCCAGGAGGAGAACGGGAUCCAGUACAGAUACGAAGUCUACGAGAGCAUCCAGCAAUGAAGUGACAGCAGAAAGAAAAUAUAUAAAAACAGAACAAAGCAAACAAAUUGUAAA